AUAUGUUUUGGUAUUUUAAGAGAAGACGUGGCGGUCACACUGUAGCUUAAGAGAAAAGAUUUUUAGGGAAUAUAAAUAAUUUUUCAACGAUAAACAAUACGAAUAGGGGAGUUUCAUUUCACACAAGGAGCCGGAAAUAUGGAUCGCAAUAAUGGACGCUACUCCUACAAUAUAAGACGCCAGAAUAGCGGACACAAUGCGCCGCACAGCUAUCAUCAUCAUCACAACAACAAUUCGUCGGCGGGGGCGUCAAAUUCUCCGGGAUACAACAACCACAGUGCCGGAAACUCCCCGUCCGUCGGUGCGCACAACAACAGCAACGCGCUAUAUGCGACCACCGCCGGGCAACAACAACCACAGAGCCCGCCGAUUUCGCAGCACGACGAGCUGAUCCGAUAUAUCCGGGAGGCUUGGAAUAAGGUCUAUGAACAGAGCCCAGCUGUGUUCUACUGCAAUGAAUCUGAUAAUCAGCUGAAAAACUUCAAGCCAUUCGAUUUGGAGGAGUACUGGGGCCAGCGCCUGGUGCAGAACAUUCAUGUGACCACCACACAAGCUGGCGGACACCAGUAGAACGGGAAUCUUACAGCGGACAACGGCAUGUGCUUCAUGUGGUAACAAUUAAUUAAAUUAUACAUUUAAAAGGGUGCCAGUUCCCCCGAUUAUUGACUAAUUUCCACGCAAUUGGAAUUUACAUUUGUUUGUUUGCGACCUGCUUCGAACUAUUAUGUGUGUAAAAAUUUAUUAAAAUCCACUGCCAGCUGAAAGGCAAAAUCACGUAAUCAAUAAAUCAACGAUUGGCUAAAGAUUUUAUCCCAUGGCACCCUGAAUCUAGCAUGCUAUCUGCAUUUAAGUGUUGUGUAUUAAGCGCGCUUAAAAUCUGACCAGAACAACAAUAAACAAUCUAUAGCGUAGACGAAUUAAAAA